UAGCAGGGGUCCUGAAUGAGUUGAAAUAUAAAAGCACGGAGAAAGAUUUUUUUUUUUUUUUUUUUUUUUUACUGGAAUUCAAACAUGGCUAGAGAAACUCAUGAAGCGGUACCACCGCUAGAACUGGAGUCCGUCAUUGGAUUUAAUGGACGGGUCCCCACGGGGUUGAACGUGCACCCAGACGGAGAGCACCUUGUUUACCCGCUGGGAUGCACCAUCAUCAUCCAGGCACUGAGAAACCGCACGCAGGAAUUCCUGCACGGACACACCAACAAUGUCUCCUAUGUCACUGUGUCCAGAAGUGGCCAAUACAUUGCCUCUGGACAAGUCACUUUCAUGGGCUUCAAGGCUGAUAUUAUCAUCUGGGACUAUUCCAAGCGAGAGAUCCAUGCCAGGCUGACCCUCCACAAAGCUAAAGUGGAGGCGCUGGCAUUCUCCCCGAACGACCUCUACCUGGUGUCUCUCGGAGGUCAGGAUGAUGGCAGCGUUGUUGUGUGGAAUGUAGCUAAGGGGGAGGCAGUCUGUGGCAGCCCCGCUUCAGCUCCCAGUGCUGGAAACUGCCUGACUGUAAAAUUUUCCAACAACAAUGAUGCCGUCUUUAUAACAGCCGGAAAUAGCACACUCCGUGUCUGGGACCUGGAUCUUCCAAACAGAAAAAUCCACCCCACAGAAUGCCAAACCGGACAGCUGAAAAGGAUUGUCACGUGCCUUGAGAUAUCAGAUGAUGACAGUUUCUUCUUCUGUGGAACAUCCAGUGGAGAUAUUCUUACAGUAAACCUUAAAACCAAGCUUCUUAAUAGCUGUGCACCUCAGAAGAAGAAAUUCAGUCUGGGGGUUACUGCGCUGAAGACACUGAAAACAGGAGACAUGCUUGUUGGAUCUGGAGAUGGAGUAGUUUCUCUUUGCAAAGGAACACCUUUUAAAGUAAUAAAAAAAGUUGAGCUGGUAGGAGGUGUGACUUCAAUCUCGCUUAGAGGCCAAGGGCAUCAGUUCUUUACUGGUUCGGACGCUGCACAGAUAUAUCGGUUUAACUACACAGAAUUUAAAGAAGAACUAGUCGGCACGUGCCACAACGAAGCUGUUUAUGAUAUCUCCUUCCCUUUUGGCACUUCAGAGCUCUUUGCGACAUGUUCCAAGAAUGAUAUUCGAGUGUGGCAUACUGACACCUGCAAGGAGCUGCUGCGUAUCACAGUGCCCAACAUGACCUGCCACGCUGUGGAGUUCAUGCAGGAUGGAAAGAGCAUUAUCAGCGCUUGGAAUGAUGGGAAGAUCCGUGUUUUUACCCCAGAGAGUGGCAAACUAAUAUACGCCAUCAACAACGCCCACAGCAUGGGAGUGACUGCCAUCGCUGCCACCAGUGACUGUAAGAAGAUUAUUAGCGGAGGGGGAGAGGGACAGGUGAGAGUUUGGGAAAUUGGCAAAGGCUUCCAGAGGCUAAUAGAAGCAAUGAAGGAACACAAAUCUUCUGUGUCCUGUAUAAAAGUGAAGAGGAACAACACAGAGUGCGUCACUGCUAGCUCAGAUGGGACUUGUAUUAUCUGGGAUCUGGUGCGAUUUGUGAGGAAUCACAUGGUCCUGUCGAAUACGUUAUUCAGAUGUGUAUGUUACCACACAGAGGAGUUUCAGAUAAUCACCAGUGGCUCAGACAGAAAGAUUGGAUACUGGGAAGUGUUUGAUGGCUCACCAAUUAGAGAACUCGAGGGCUCCCUGUCUGGAUCCAUUAACGGCAUGGACAUCUCACCUGAUGGCACACACUUUGUUACUGGUGGUGAUGACAAGCUGGUCAAGGUGUGGGGGUACAACGAAGGAGAGGUGACACAUGUUGGCAUUGGCCACAGUGGCAGCAUCACCCGCAUAAAGGUGUGUCCCAAUGCCAGAUCCAUCAUCAGCAUCAGUGCGGACGGGGCCAUUCUCCGAUGGAAAUACCCCCUCCUCAGCUGAAUAGGGAGCUGCAGCAGCACGGAGUACUACCACCCCCACUCUCACUGCUGGAAAACCUCACUGCUAUUUAAUAGCAUCUCCAUAAAAGCUGUUCUGCAUGUGACAGCUGCAUUUUAUUUUGUGUAACUUAAUGAAUAUAUUAAUUGUUUUAGCUUUUCAAUAAUAAACAUCCUGUAGAUAAUGAAAUAAUACUUUGUGUCUUUAUCGGUGAGUUCAGUUUACAAUCUUGUCUAAAGG